GCGGCUGUGGGCCGGAGACCCCGGAUCGGCCGCGUGCGCGGCGAGCGCGCCCCGGUAGCCGCCGGCGGUUCGGACCCGGCCUGUCCCAGCUCUUCUUCCUAAUCGGCGGAUGAUAAACCCGGGCGAAGGAGCCGGCUGUCUUUGUGGGGCCGCAGGCCGAACGCCCCUUUGCUCCGGGUGCCUUGGGGUGCCCCGUGACCCGACACCGGGAAUGGAGCCCUUCAGGACGCCGGAGAAACCCAGCCUGUCCCUGUCAGCCGCGGGUAUUUGACCAAACAGAACGGAGAAAGGAGACAGACACCUUCACGGGAAGCCAAGGACAUUGCCGUAUAAUCAGAGGAUGAAAGGCUUUCCUUGCUCCCUUUUCCCUCUUUUUCCUUGAGGAUUUAAUACACCACAAUCCACAGUUCCAGUGGAAACCGCCAGGCAGACAAUGUGGCGGGAGCUUGGAGCGCUUCUGAAUGGCUCUGGGUCCCUCCCUUAGCCUAGAGGACCGAGGACUUUGCACACACUACUAUCCUACCCGCGUCCCCCCACCCUCCUGCUGAGGAACUUAACUCAUUUCCUGAGUUAAUUUCCAUUUCCCAAACUGUUCUCUGGAUUCUCUACAAAUGGAUUGCCAGAAAUGAGAGGUUAGGUGCUGGUGUUAAGUCUUCACCAUGAGGUGCAUUGUCCCAGUGCUGAGUUGUCUGGCGGUUCUGGGUGUGGUGACGGCGCAGAGGCAGGUCGCCGUCCAGGAAGGGCCCCUGUACCGCACGGAGGGCUCCCACAUCACUAUCUGGUGCAACGUCAGCGGCUUCCAGGGCCCUGCUGAACAGAACUUCCAGUGGUCCAUCUACCUGCCGUCCGCCCCGGAACGCGAGGUCCAGAUCGUCAGCACAGUGGACCCCUCCUUCCCCUACGCCAUCUACACGCAGCGCGUCCGCAGCCGCAAGAUCUUCGUGGAGAGGCUCCAGGGGAACGCUGCACUGCUGCACAUCACUGACCUGCAGGCCCGCGACGCCGGCGAGUAUGAGUGCCACACGCCCAACACCGACGAGCGCUACUUCGGGAGCUAUAGCGCCAAGAUGACCCUUGUGGUGAUCCCAGACACCCUGCAGGCCACCGCUGUGCCUCAGACCCUGCACAGGGUGGAGCAGGAUGCCCUGGAGCUCAGCUGUGAGGUGGCCACGGACACGGAGCAGCACAGCCAUGUGUCGGUAUCCUGGCUGCGGCAGCACGGAGGCGAGAAGCCGGUGGAGGUCAUCUCCCUGAGCCGGGACUUCGUGUUGCACUCCAGUGGUGACUACGCGCAGCGGCAGAGCCUGGGCGAGGUGCGGCUGGACAAGCUGGGGAGGACCACCUUCCGACUCACCAUCUUCCACCUGCAGCCCUCCGACCAGGGCGAGUUCUACUGUGAAGCUGCCCAGUGGAUCCAGGACCCCGAUGGCUCGUGGUACGCCAUGACUCGAAAGCGCUCUGAGGGCGCUGUGGUCAAUGUCCAGCCCACCGACAAAGAUUUCACGGUUCGGCUGGAGACUGACAAGCGGCUGCACACGGUGGGCGAGCAGGUAGAGUUUCGGUGCAUCCUGGAGGCUCAGAACAUUCCAGAUCGCUACUUUGCUGUCUCCUGGGCCUUCAACAGCUCACUCAUUGCCACCAUGGGCCCCAAUGCUGUGCCCGUCCUUAACAGUGAGUUUGCCCACCGGGAGGCCAAGGGGCAGCUGAAGGUGUCAAAGGAGAGCGACGGGGUGUUCGUGCUGAAGAUCUUCCACCUGCGCCAGGAGGACAGCGGCAAGUACAACUGCCGUGUGACGGAGCGCGAGAAGACGGUCACUGGCGAGUUCCUGGACAAGGACAGCAAGCGCCCGAAGAACGUCCCCAUCAUUGUACUCCCGCUCACAGAUGACUGGGUAGUUAAAGUCCCCCAGCACCACCAGAACCUGCCCCAAGGCCACUUGGAGAGCAGCAUUUCAGUGGAGGUGUCCAGCAAUGCCAGCACGAUCCUGGAGGGCGAGAGCCUGCGGUUCUUGUGCAGCGUGCGUGCAGCAGGCCGGCCGCAGGGCCGCUUCUCGGUCAUCUGGCAGCUGGUGGACAGGCAGCACCGCCGCAGCAACGUCGUGUGGCUUGACCGCGACGGCACAGUGCAGUCGGGCUCGGCCUACUGGGAGCGCAGCAGCUUCGGCGCAGUGCAGAUGGAGCAGGUACAGCCCAACGCCUUCAGCCUGGCCAUCUUCAACAGCAGGAAGGAGGAUGAGGGCCAGUACGAGUGCCACGUGACCGAGUGGGUGCGGGCCGUGGAUGGCGAGUGGCAGAUCGUGGCCGAACGCCGAGCCAGCACGCUGGUCUCCAUCACAGCUCUGGACACAGGCUUUGCGGUGACGGCCAUCUCAAGGACACCCGGGGUGACCUACGGCGACUCAUUCGACCUGCAGUGCAUCAUAAAGCCACACUACCCUGCCCGUGUCCCGGUGUCGGUGACAUGGCGCUUCCAGCCCGUGGGCACCGGGGCCUUCCACGACCUGGUGACCUUCACGCGGGAUGGCGGGGUCCAGUGGGGGGACAGGUCCUCCACCUUCCGCACGCGUACUGCCAUUGAGAAGGCUGAGGCAAGCAACAGCGUCCGCCUGAGCGUCAGCCGGGCCAGCGACACGGAGGCGGGCAAGUACCAGUGCGUGGCGGAGCUGUGGCGCAGGAACCACAACAACAGCUGGACACAGCUGGCCGAGAGAACCUCUAACCUGCUGGAGAUCCGGGUGCUGCAGCCAGUGACGAAGCUGCAGGUGAGCAAGUGGAAGCGCACGCUGGCCGUGGUGGAGGGCGGCUCCAUCCAGCUCAACUGCUCGGUGCGCGCGCAGACCAGCGCGGAUUCGCGCUUCGCCGUGCUGUGGUACGUGCACCGCGCGGCAGACGCCGAUGGCAAGCUCAUCCUCAAGACCACGCACCGGGCCGCCUUCGAGUACGGCACCUACGCCGAGGAGGCGCGCCUGCGCGCGCGCCUGCAGCUCGAGCGCCUGGCGGCCGGCGGCCUCUUCAGCCUCACGGUGCACCGCGCCGAGCUGGGCGACAGCGGCAGCUACUACUGCCACGUGGAGGAGUGGCUGCUCAGCCCCAACUACGCCUGGUACAAGCUGGCAGAGGAGGUUUCGGGACGCACGGAGGUCACCGUCCGGCAGCCAGACAGCCGCCUGAAGCUGAGCCAGGUGCACGGCAAUCUGUCGGUGCUGGAGACACGGCGGGCGCAGCUGGAGUGCGUGGUCCUUAACCGCACCAGCUCCGGGUCGCAGCUGGCCGUGGAGUGGUUCGUGUGGAAACCCAACCAGCCUGAGCGGGAGACGCUGGCGCUCCUGAGCCGCGAGGCCACCUUCCGCUACGGCCCUCAGGCGGCCAAGAACCGGCUGCAGGGCCGGCUGCACGCUGAGAGCCCAGCCCUAGGCGUGUACCGGCUGCAGGUGGACAACGUGGCUGUGCAGGACAGCGGCACCUAUGGCUGCCGGGUGGAGGAGUGGCUGCCCGGGCCCAGCGGCGCCUGGUACAAGCGCGCGGAGGACACCGCGGGCCCCACCGCCCUGACGGUCCUGCGGCCAGACACCGCCCUCCAAGUGGACUCGGUGGUCCCCAACGCCACCGUGUCAGAGAAGGCCUCCUUCCAGCUGGACUGCAGCAUUGUGUCCCGCUCCAGCCAGGACUCCCGCUUUGCCGUGGCCUGGUAUUCCCUAAGGACUAAGGCCAGGGGGAGAAGGGGCAGCCUUGGUAUGGAGAGCGAAGAGGAAGAGGAGGAAGAGGACAUGGAGGAGCAGGACAAGGAGCCAGAGGAGCCCGCAGAGCGGACAGUGCUGCUGAGUGUGGGCCCAGACGCUGUCUUCGGCCCUGAGGGGGUGCCCUGGCAGGGCCGGCUGCGCUUCCAGAGGCUCUCGCCAGUGCUGUACCGGCUCACUGUGCUGCAGGCCAGCCCCCACGACGCGGGCAACUACUCCUGCCGCGUGGAGGAGUGGCUGCUGGGCCCACAGGACUGGUACCGGCUCACAGAGGAGGAGUCUGCCCCCGUCAGCAUUCGAGUGCUGGACUCUGGCCCCACGCUGCAGUCUCUCAUCUGCUCCAACGACGCACUCUUCUACUUCGUCUUCUUCUACCCAUUCCCCAUCUUCGGCAUCCUCGUCAUCACCAUCCUGCUUGUGCGCUUCAAGAGCCGGGGCGCAGGCCGGAGCGCAGAUGGGAAGAACGGGGUGCCACUACUAUGGAUCAAGGAGCCACACCUCAACUACUCCCCGACCUGCCUGGAACCCCCUGUGCUCAGCAUCCACCCCGGGGCCAUAGACUAACGGGGCCCAGUGGGGCCACCAGACAGCGUGCGCACCCAUCGCGGCCGCUGAGGAGAUGUCACUUGCAAAGCAUCCCUGUGACACCAUCACGGUGUGACAUACCUGAUGGCAUCCGGUGGUUCUGGUCAUCAUCGCCGUCGGUGCCAUGUUGGGACCCGGCCACUGUUGCUUCCUAGUUUGGGGUCUGUGUAAGUCCUGAUGGCUCAAUGGCAUCAUGUAGCUCUGGUGACACCAUGCAUCGCCAGCACUGGGCCUUUGCCACGGCUCCUUCUAGACCCUUCCAUUUCUUCUUGGGCUUCCACAGUGCAGAGAGCAGAUCCAAGACCACUCACAGCACAGGGGUGUGGUGACUGGCAUCACCAGGGCCUUCUGGGACCUUCUGGGUUUGCACACUUGAAAAUGCCAUGCCAGAACCAAUACACGCCCAAACACUUUGGGGUUGUUUUUUUUUUCCUAUCUUAACAAGACUUGAAAACUGUGUGGCAAGGCCCUGCAUGGCAAGGCCCUGCGUGGCUCAUCUCUCUUUGGCUUGAACACAGGAGCCGCUCUGUCCUGGGGAUGAAGCCUUGUUCUGCUUCCAGGAACUGCAGGGCGAACCCUGCAGUACAUCAGGACCAGUGGCACCCAGCCAGCUGUUGGGGAGCAGAGUAGCGGGGGGGGUGCACCUCAUCCUUGCUAAAAAAAAAAUGAGAGCCACCAGGAAAUGACCGCAGACUGUGGGUCCUAUGCUCCAGCGACCAUGAGUGCAUUUGAUCAGAGCUGAUGACUGGAAGAGACGCCAGGCAGGCUAACUGGCCAGUCUAUGCAAGUGCAGCCUCCACCCCAGGGCCGAGCACGGGGCUCUGUCCUCAGGUGCUUUGCCAAGCUCAGAAAGAGACUGCCAGGGCUGGGCCCUGGCCCAUGCCGCCACUGUACAGUGUGCUGUGAACAGAUGAGGGGCCGCCUUCCCGGUGGCAGAGCGCUAUGUUUCCAACCCCACCCCCCCCACUGUCCCCAGAGACACUGCCGUCUUUCUUACUCCCUGAGUCCCUAUCACCAUGUCUCACUGCCCAGAGAGCACGGGCUGAGGGAGUCCUCCAUGAUCCUAGCCAGGGAGCCAGGCGCACACCUUCCAUCCAGCACGCAGGAGGCAGAGUGGGGAGGUGCAGAGUUCAAGUCCAGUGCGGGCUCCAUAGUAAGGCCCUAUCUCUAGAAAAAAAAGAGAAGAGGAGGGUGGGAGGGCAGUAGGUUCUGGUCAAUGCCUCAGCUCUGUAGGGAGCACUGUUAGGGGAGGCAGGUCCUUCCCUUUCCUCCCUUUUUUUCCCUUUGUGCUGAUACUGGGACAUAAACUGGGUACUGUCGAUUAGCUUCCCUGCUCAAGGCUUGCGCUGUACCACUUGAGCCACAGCUCUGCCGCCAGCAUUUUGCUGGUUCACCGCAGAUAAAGUCUUUUAGAUUUUCUGCUCAGUCUGACUUCAGACUGCAAUCCUCUGAUCUGGGCCUCCGGUGUCCUGGUUUUAGAUUCUGUGCCCCAUGUUGGGCAAGGUGCUUUGGGCUCUCCCAGAACUUCAGGUGCCCCCUGGAGGGAUGGGUGAGGCCCUUCCUGGGCACGUGCGCCCCUCUCGUCCACACGGCACAGCCCCAUGGGCUUCCAUUUGGGAGGAAAAGGAAAGACUUCUAGAAUGAAGUCUGAGGAGUCCAGUAGAGCCAGAUCUUGAGAGUAGACUUGAGGGGCUCCAGGGAGGGGCGGGGGUGCUGCACAGAACGCUUUUGCCCUGCUGGCUCAUUUCAGGGGUGCAGGCUGGGGGGAGGAGCAAUGCGACUCAAGACAAGGACAGCUCUUCUCUUUCCUGCCUGAGUAAAAAGGUACCGUGGCUGGAAUGAGACCGCAGGUCGUCAAGCCUGUAACAGUGUGGGAAAUCUGAAAGGAAAAAAACCCAAAUCCAGUAUUUUAGUAAUUGCGCGUCUUUUUUCCCUGUCUUCUCUAUGGGGCUGGGGAAAAGAGGUUGAGCUUUUUAAGCUUUCUAUGAACAUUGGUUCUGUAAACAUUUCUGUGGAAAUGUGACGUCCUGACGGUGGUGGCGCCCCCUGGUGGCUGCGUGGCUGCCGUGCUCGCCGUCCACCCGAGCGAGCGAGAGAACCCAGUGGCAUUUGUGAAGACCUGCAGCGUGCUGUGUGCAGUGCAGCUGUGCUUGUGCCCCGCACCCCAGGCGCUUUCCGAGGCCUGCCCGGGACACAGAGAUGACCCAACCGCACCCCACUUUCGCUGGGGUGCUUCCGUAGCAAGUUUUCAUAUUCUUUACAAACAAUGGUUUCUCUGCAGUUGAUUAUUGAAAAAAAAAAAAAAAACGGGGUAAAAAAACCCAGUCGUGGUAGAGAGCUGUUGUUUUUUGUGUUUUUGGUUUUUUUAAAAAGGAAAAACUAUUUGUAAGAUGUUGCACUAAAGCGUUUUUAUAUAACCUCAGAGAAGUGUAGUAAAUUAUCUUGACAAUACUUGCGUGUCCUGAUGUUGGCCUGUUCCUUCCACUGAGUGAGUGCCCAGCACUUUCCCUGUGCUUCCUUGUCUAGAUUUCUGCCUUAGCGUUGGCCUGCUAAGACCCACACUCAGCUCUCUUGUUAGGCUGGUACUCUACCAUUUGAGCUGUGCCUCCAGCCUAGUUUUUUGCUGGUUAAUUGGAAGUAGAGUCAGAUUCUUUUGUGUGGACUGGCUUUGACCCUUAGCCCUCUGAUUCUCAGCCUCCUGAGUAGUUAGAAUUACAGGCAUGAACCUCUGGUUGUCU